AGGGAACUCUCCGCUCAACGCACCUGCCAACCUUUUCUAGAUUCCCUAUACCAAACUCCAUCUCUCUCUCGUCUCGCAGACAAAUGCACUUUAAUGUGCCAGCUCAAACAAAUCCACGCCCGAAUGAUAAUUUCCUCACGCAUCCACGACCAUUUCGCCGCCAGCCGCUUGCUCUCCUUCUGCGCCCUCUCAGAAUCGGGCGAUCUCCAUUACGCGACAAAGCUCUUCAACAACACGCAAAACCCAAAUCUUUUCAUGUGGAAUACUCUUAUAAGAGGACAUGCUAACAGCCAAAUCCCUGAAAAAUCCGUCUUUCUUUACGUUCAGAUGAGAAAGCUUGGGGUUGUGCCCAAUAAUCACACGCUUCCUUUCCUCCUCAAGGCGUGUUCCAAUUGUGGGUACUCUGAAUCUUGCAAACAGGUUCAUACCCAUGUUUUUAAGUUUGGGUUGGAGCUGGAAUUGCACAUUGUUAAUGCCUUGAUGAGGGGGUAUUGUGUUUCGACUGAUUUGGAAGGUGCUCGCCAGUUGUUUGAUGAAAUGCAAGAGAGAAAUUUGAUUACCUGGACUACGAUGAUCAGCGGGUACGUUCAAAAUUUCUGCGCUGACGAAGGAUUGGUGCUGUUUAAUAAAAUGAUUUUAGAAGAUUUUGAGCCCAACGGUGCUACAUUCGCUUCUGUAUUAUCUGCCUGUGCAGAUUCUGAUUGCUUGGAAUUGGGAGAGAGGAUUCAUGGCUUCAUUAAAACCAAAAAUAUUGAAAUUGGAGUUAUUCUUGGAACUGCAUUAGUGCAUAUGUAUGCAAAGAAUGGAGCUAUUAUGAAGGCCAAAACCUUGUUUGAUAAAAUGCCACAGAGAAAUAUAGCUACUUGGAACGUAAUGAUAUGCGGAUUGGCUGGCCAUGGACAUGCUCAAGAAGCACUUACUCUGUUCCAAGAGCUAGACAAGGGGCAAAUUAUCCCGAAUGACAUCACAUUUGUGGGAGUUUUAUCUGCGUGCUGUCAUGCUGGAUUGAUUAUUGUUGGCCGAGAAAUCUUCAAUUCAAUGAAGAGGGUUUAUGGUGUUGAGCCCAAGAUCGAACAUUAUGGAUGUAUGGUUGAUCUUCUUGGUCGAGGAGGGAAGGUUGCUGAAGCCGAGGAACUGAUCAAGGAAAUGACCUGGAAAGCUGAUGUAGUAAUAUUGGGAGCUCUAUUGGCAGCUUGCAAAAAUCAUCGCAAUAUAGAAGUUGCUGAGAGAGUGGUCAGAGACAUUCAGGCUCUGGAACCUGAUAAUCAUGGGGCUUAUGUUGUUUUGGCUGGCAUGUAUGCUGAGGCUGGUCGGUGGGAGGAUGUUAGGGGGCUGAGGACAACAAUGAGAAGAGCAAAGCUAAACAAAACACCUGGGUGGAGUAAGGCAGAUGUUGACAAUUAACCAGUAGACCAUAUUCUAAAUCAUCUUGUGUGCAGUGACUCUUCUACAAUCCUGUUAAAUGAAGAUCAUCAAAGCCAAAAUGCCCAUCAGAGAACAGCCAUUUUCUUUAUAAACCCCUCAUCAAAGAGAACAAAACCUCAUAGAAUACCAGACACAAUAAAUGGGUAACAUUUUAGGUGGAACACGGAAUCCAUGAAGGAAGACUAAUAAAACAUACAGACAGGGUCAACAGCGUUCCCUUUCUAUCAUGGAGAGCAACCAAGGCAGGUUUACGGCCAUUACUUAAGGUUUUCCAGUGAGGAAAAAGCUCUCAAUCACCAAACAUUGUGUUACCAUGCAUUAGAGAAGUAGAUAUGUUUGCAUUGAGGCCAUGAUUUUGAAGUUUGUAGGGUUUAAAACAACUCUGUUGGACAAGAAUAUACAACAUUCUGAUUAUAAGAGAGUACAAAGUAUAACCGUGACUUCCUGGAACUAUUAUGUCCAUUAUUGUCAUUUGUGUAAGAAAAGAAGCUGUAUAUGAUUUCCUGCCAAAUUUACAAUAUCCACAGAAAUGUUUGAGAUUUGAAAAAGACUCUGCUCAUAUUCUCCGUCCUCCUGUGUCUUGCAGCUAUCAUUUCUCAGUUGAUACGCGAAAGUGAGAGCAGAAUCAUGCAACAGUAUGCAAAAAGCUGUAACAAAAAUUCAGAAGAAAA